UAUCGGCUUAUGCACAUUUGAUGCUAAAUCCGCACCAUGAUGAGCCUCUCGCUUCCCGCUCCCGCCAAAAUAGCCAGCAUCACUGCCCGUCAAAAACUCUCACCACGUCCGUCCUCAUCCUCAUCACCGUCAAAAUCCCUAAAGAUUCGUCACUCCGAUGAUAUCAACAACCGUCUGAGACACCAGCUGGACUUGGGUCACCUCCGCAAUGCAAUCUCCACCCUCGAUCUUACUUCCGAUCAGGGGACACACCCGGACCUUAUCACCUACUCCCUUCUCCUUAAGUCCUGCAUUCGCUCAAGCGCAUUUCGUCUGGGUAAACUGGUCCACACCAAGCUUAUGCUAUCUGGAAUCGACCCAGACUCAGUCCUUUUGAACUCUCUCAUCACUCUGUACUCUAAGUCCGGUGAUGUAGCCAAAGCCCAAGAUAUAUUCGAAAGCAUGGGAGAUAAGAGGGACUUGGUCUCCUUUAGUGCUAUGAUAUCGGGUUUUGCCAAUAAUGGCAGGGAAAUUGAAGCAAUUUGCACGUUCCUUGAUAUGAUUGGGCUUGGGUUUGACCCCAACGAGUAUUGUUUCGCGGCAGUCAUUCGUGCAUGCUCUAGCACUGAUAGGGAGAGCUUUUCGAUUGGGAAAACGAUUUUUGGUUCCGUGUUGAAAAGUGGGUAUUUUGAGGCUGACGUUAACGUUGGGUGCGCUUUGAUAGAUUUGUUUGUCAAAGGUGCGGGUGAUUUGGAACUUGCAUAUAAGGUGUUUGAGAAAAUGCCGGAGAGAAAUGUGGUUACUUGGACUUUGAUGAUAACUAGGUUCGCACAAAUGGGUUUUCCAAGUGACGCUAUUGAUUUGUUUUUGGAUAUGGUUUUGGGUGGGUGUCAGCCAGACAGGUUUACUCUAAGUGGGGUUAUUUCGGGUUGUUCUGAGUUGGGUCUUUUGACGCUUGGCCAGCAAUUGCAUUGUUGGGUUAUUAAGUUCGGAUUGGCUUUGGAUGUUUCUAUUGGUUGUAGUUUGGUGGACAUGUAUUCGAAGUGUGCAGCAGAUGGGUCCGUGGCUAAUUCAAGAAAGGUGUUUGAUAGGAUGCCAGAUCAUAAUGUUAUGUCUUGGACUGCGAUCAUCUCUGGGUAUGUGCAACACGGAGGGUGUGAUAUGGAAGCUAUUAAACUAUUUUUUGAAAUGAUUCAGGGUCAAGUUGCACCGAAUCAAUUCACUUUCUCUAGUAUUCUUAAGGCAUGUGGAAAUAUAUCUAACCCAUAUUUGGGUGAGCAGGUUUACGCCCUUGCAGUGAAGAGAGGUCUUGCAUCCAUUAACUUUCUGGGAAACUCUGUUAUCAGCAUGUAUUGUCGAUGUAAUUGGAUGCAGAGUGCCCGGAAAGCUUUUGAUGUGCUGUUAGAGAAGAAUUUGGUUUCUUACAAUACGAUUGUUGAUGCAUAUGCCAAGAGUUCAAAUUCUGACGAAGCAUUUGAACUGUUUCAAGAAAUUGAAGAAACUGGAAUUGGUGUUGAUGUUUUCACGUUGGCUAGCCUCUUGAGUGGCGCUUCUAAUAUCGGUGCAGUUGGUAAAGGUGAACAAAUCCAUGCACGGGUACUGAAGUCGGGUUUUCAGUCGGAUCUUCAUGUUUGUAAUGCUUUGAUCUCCAUGUACUCAAGGUGUGGAAACAUAGAAGCUGCUUUCCUAGUUUUUGAAGACGUGGAAUACCCUAAUGUUAUUUCUUGGACUUCAAUGAUUACAGGCUUUGCAAAACAUGGGUUUGCAACGAGAGCUUUGGAAUUAUUUUUCAAAAUGAUCAAGGCAAGUGUGAAGCCAAAUGAAGUAACUUACAUAGCUGUUUUGUCAGCUUGUAGCCAUGCGGGUUUGAUUUCUGAAGGAUGGAAACAUUUCAAAUCAAUGCAUAGGGAACAUGGGAUUAUCCCUAGAAUGGAACAUUAUGCCUGUAUGGUUGAUUUAUUAGGCAGGUCAGGAUCCCUUGUGGAAGCCCUUGAGUUUAUUAAUUCAAUGCCCUUCACAGCUGGUGCUUUAGUCUGGCGAACGUUCCUUGGAGCUUGCCGAAUUCACGGUGACAGAGAACUUGGGGAACAUGCAGCAAAGAUGAUUCUUGAACAGGAUCCACAUGAUCCGUCAGCGUAUGUAUUACUCUCAAAUUUAUAUGCUUCUGCAGGUAAAUGGGAACAUGUUGCUGAGAUUAGAAAGAGUAUGAAAGAGCGAAAAUUGAACAAGGAAGCGGGUUGUAGCUGGAUAGAGGUUGCAAAUAAGGUGCACAAGUUUUAUGUUGGAGAUACUUUACACCCACGAGCCCAGGAAAUCUAUUACGAGCUAGACCAUUUGGCAUUGAGAAUAAAGGAAUUGGGCUAUGUCCCUGACACAAACUUUGUUCUUCAUGAAGUUGAGGAGGAACAGAAGGAGCAAUAUUUGUUUCAGCACAGUGAGAAAAUUGCUGUUGCAUUUGGUCUUAUAAGUACAUCCAAGUCGAAACCUAUUCGUGUAUUUAAGAAUCUUCGAGUCUGUGGAGAUUGCCACACUGCUAUUAAAUACAUCUCAUUGACCACCGGAAGAGAAAUAGUAUUAAGGGACUCGAAUCGUUUUCAUCAUAUGAAGGAUGGCAAAUGCUCCUGCAACGAAUACUGGUGAUCUAAUUCCUCCAAAUAAUGUGACUGAUUUUGCACCGCUCAAUUGUGUUCUUUUCUGGCUACAACUUCGUAGAAGCUGUCUCCAUGGAUUGAUGGAGCUAAUGGAUUAUGAUAUGAAAAAGAAAAGGUACUGCUCCUGCCUCCUGGCAAAGUAGAAUGCAUCAUAACUAUGAGCUACAACUCUUGCAUUCUGCUUCUUGUAAGAAAAAAAAGUAUGAAUAUCACCAUGCCCCGACAUAUAAUUAGUUCAUUCAAUUUCAAAUUCAAUGCGUUUUUUCUACAGCUGCCAGUCUUAUAUUUAUCUUGCAAGUUUUGGAUAAGUACGUUAUAUACUAUCUCAACGUAAAAAAUAAGCAAUAAGGAGACUUAGUGUUGAAAUUCUUAUCCCAAACACAUUGAAGAUAUUGUUUGCUUAGGGCCACGUGUCUGCACGAAUUUGUU